AUGAAAUCUCAUUUCAACAUUUAUUUCAUCAAGGUUCAAAUAUAUGGUUCUAAAAUAAUGGCUAUGCUACCGUGCUCUGACGCUAAUCAUGAUUUUUCUUCAUGUCCACCGCAAUAUCAACAUCAAUGGGAGAGAUAUGGUCAUGCUUCAAACACAUUAAAUUCUCCUAGCCUUGUUACUCUAUUGGAGAAGCAAGAGCACGAGACAGACCGAUUUCUCAGAAUUCAGAAUGAUAAAUUGAAAUUCAUGUUAGAAUAUCAAAGGGAGCGACAAGAGGGUGCGGUUAGACGCAUGGAAAUAUAUUGGCAACAAAUUCUGAAAAGAAAGGAUGAAGAAAUCGCGAAAGGUGCAAAGAAAAAACAAGAGUUGGAAAAUAUCUUAAGGAGUUUAGAGAAUGAGAAAAUGAAAUUGAAGAGAGUGGCUGAGGAAAAGGGAGCAAUGGCAAUGGAUCUCCAUAACAAGUUGAAAGAGGGAAAGAAGAGAAUAAGAAUGUUGGUAGCAAAUAAUGAUGCAGAAUCAUGUUGUGGUGAAAAUGAAGAAGCAAGAGCUGAAAAACGUGUGAGACAAGGAAGUAACAAUAGCAUGUGUUGUCCUAUGUGUAACACAAACUCUCCUGGUGUCUUAUUUUUGCCAUGUAGGCAUAUAUCUUCAUGUAAAGCGUGUGAAGCUUUACUCAAUACUUGUCUCAUAUGCGGAAUAGCAAAGAAGGGUGCUAUUGAAAUUCAAAGUUUAAUAUCAGAUGGAUAUUAG